AACGUGCGCGCGUGCGCUAGCGCCGGCGGCGGCGGUGGCGGCAGCGACGACGAACCCGCCAGCCCGCCACAGUAGAUAAACGUACUCCGCGCGCGUCGCUCGCCGCGCACGCCUCUCGGCCACCGUUCGCACGCCCGGCGAGACACCACGCUGCCGCUGACCGCGCGUCAGCCUCUGCGCGUGUGUCACUAGCGGAGCGCCGGCUCCGGUAGUGUUCGUGUGCGCUGGCUGCAGCCAAGGGCAGCGACAGUAGUUAGCGAACUCGAAGAGUAGUGCGUAAGUCGGCGCGUGUCUGGCGUGGACUUGCCCGAACGGUUACGCUCAUCGAAAGACGUCUCCGAGAGAAGGCAGUCAACCGUCGUAUGUUCUACCGAUCGCACAUGGCUGACCAGGGCUUCUGUGGUUCUUCGUCCGGCGACAUCGUUAAGCAGGGCUACCUGUUCGUCAAGAGGCCACCAAGGAGGCGCUUCGACAUGCUUAGGGCGUGGCACAAGCGGUUCCUGGUGCUCAAAGACGAGACGAGCGAGCGGGGUCCGCUGCUGGAGAUGUACACGAGCCAGGAGGAGGCCAUGUCGCAGUGUACGGCGGCAGCGUGCAGCAGUGGCGGCAGCGCGGCGCGCGCUGCGCCGGCGACAGCGCCCGCGUGUUGCAGACUCUGCUUCGACCUGGCGCAGACUGUGCACGUGGGUUUCACCUCGGACUCGAAACGCUUUCCCAACGCUCUGGUGCUCGUGUGUCAAGGCCGGUCGCCUCUUGUACUGGCCGCACAGGACGAGCUCGGCUCGCGCUCUUGGUUGCUCGCUUUGGGACUCAUCGCCCACAAAGCCUCUUCGCAGCACGGGUGGAGGUUUAUGUGCCGGAAGGCUUCCGAGCAAGCGGCAGCCAUGGCCAAUUGUGCAGCGUUCAGCAGCAGUGUGGAGAACAGCGCGUCGGCUGCCGGGAGCACCGACCUGGGGUCCUCGUGCCGCGCCCGCACGGCACGAGGUAGCGGCGGCAGCAGCGGCGCCUGCGAGGGUGACUCGGCCGAAUCCCUUGACGGUGUGCUCAUCCCGCCGCCGCUGGAGUAUGGCGAUGGCUGCCUAGACAUGCUCUUCUCGCGGGAGCGGUUCCCGGUGACGCUGCAGCCGAACGAGGCCUCCGAGCGACUGGGGCUGCGUGGCGACUACCAGCUGGUGAUCCUGGGCCACAGCGUUGGCUUGCUGCGGCCGGGCGCGCCAGAGCCAUUCCUCGUGUGGCCCGUAACCUGCAUCCGCCAGUACAGGCACGAGCUGUUGCUGCAACCUGGACAGGGACCGCAGCACGCAGCGUCGUGCGCCAAGGCCGCCGCUGCCCGAGGGGCCACCACAUUAGUGACCAUCGAAGUCGGCCGGCGGUGUUGCACGGGCGAAGGGGCGUUCCAGUUUCGCACCCAGCGCGGCCAGGAGGUGAUACGGGAACUGAAGCGGGCUGUGUCACUGUGGGCCGCACGCAAGGCGGCGCUCGCCUCCUGGUGCCAGUCACGCGCCGUCGCCCAGCGCUCUUCCUGCGUCAGACUCGGCCGCUCGGCGCCGGCCACUCCGUCCCUGUCGAUGCCCCCAGCGUGGAGACGCCAGCCUGAGAGCCCUGAGGCGGCGCGCAGCUGCAGCGGUGGCGGCGACCUCAACUACGUCCUGCCAGCCUUCGAGCGUUCCAGCAGCUCGCUCAGCAACGGCAGCGUUCUCUCGUCGCCGCAGCUGGGCCGGCCCUGCCAGUCGGACCCCGAACGCCUGGGCACCCGCGCCGAUUCGUCGUAUGAGGACGCGAACUACGUGCGUGUCACGGCAGCUGUCCACAGCAAGGGACGCGUGUCCUUUCGGAAGCCAGGCAGUCCGCCUCCACCGCCUCUCGUACAGCUCCUCAACACGACCGGCACGCUGCCGCACGACAAGAAGCUCCAAGAGAUACGACGAGCUGAAGGCUACAUCGAGGUCUUGCCGACGUAAGCCAUCGUCUACUUGUCCAAGAUGGGAAAGAAUGCGUGCACUGGCUUGCAGCGUAUGACCGAAGUGCAGGCUCCGCCGCCACGUUUGCCUGGGCCUGCGGAUUCACACCUGCCCGAAAGUGUCGCCGCUUGUAGCUCUGGAACGAUCAAAAGCUGGCCAGGCCAUGCCAUCAGGAAAGCGGAGCUGAAAACUCCACCAAAGACGCCCUCACGAACUUUUCAUAAAUCUCGACGAACGGCCUUCUCUUGAACGAGUUAUGAGUAUUAGUCAUAUUUGGGGGCCUUAGACACUAUUCCGUAGGUCGCCCCCCCCCCUCCCCACGUCUUCUUUUUGUUUGCCUCGUCUGCUUUCGGCGCCGUUGCAUUA